UACAGUAUAAGACACCACGUUACAACUGUUACUGGUCUGGAAGUACAGUCUUAUUACGCUUUACCGCAUUUCCUGUCGUGACGGAAGUGGCAGGUCCGCCAUCUUUGAAUCGGGCAUUUACUUGCUUGUGGUAUUUAUAUAAUAGUUAAAAAUCAUGACGCGUCGUCAUCUUGUAUGAGCCAUAAAGGGUUAAUCGCUGCCCCAGUCUGACAAUUAUAACAGUGUUUCUGCCACAGUGGCGAAACCCAUGCGGUGACGUCACAUGACAACCAAUCUCAGCGUCCUUAGCAACCGACGUCCUGGCCGCUGCAAGUAACGCAUCGCAAUUGCUGUCUCAUGGCGAACGUGAACCCCCUAUCCAACCCCAAAGGGGUGAAGCUGCAGUGCGAGCUGUGCCGCAGCCCGGCUCACGUACAGUGCAGGGGCUGCAAGGUGACUUAUUACUGUGACACGGAGCACCAGCGAGCAGACUGGACGAGCAUCCAUGAGAAGAUCUGCCAACUGCUGAUCCCCGUCCGUACUCCGGUCCCUUUCCUGAAUUCUGCAGCGGAGAGGUCACAUUCUAUGGAGCAGCUAUUGCAGAGAAAGAAACAUUUAAUUGAACUGACCACUAAAGAAGCUCAGAGACUCCUGUAUGAAGGACGCCACAUGGACGUGAUCCCCGCGGCCACCCAUUCCCUGACUUUCAGUGUGGAUGUGUACGGACUGGCAUCUGUGGAGUUAGUGCCAGUCUACCUUAUCCUUGCUGAAGCCAACAUUGGUCUUGGGCAUUUGACCCAGGCAGAAGAAUAUCUCUCUCAUGCCUACUGGACAGUGAUGAAGGCUACUGACUGCAGCAAUUCCUUGAGAUCCAAACUACACCGCAACCUCGGUUUGCUCUACUCAGCCAAAGGGGAGUUUGAGGAGUCACUCCGACAUUUGUCUAAUGAUGUCUACUUUGCAAGUACAGUUUUAGGACCAAGUCAUAUCACCACUUCCGGAGGAUUCUUCCACAUGGCCAAUAUAUUUUUUCGGCAGAAUAAAAUGGAUAUUGCUGAUUCUCUAUAUUCUGAGGUCACUGAUAUAUGGCACGCUCAUCUCAGCAAACUGGUGGAGGUUCAGAUACAAGCGUCACUCAGAAGUGGCCCUGCGUGGUUUGAUGACGCUGAUCAGGAAUAUUUAGAUGAAAACCAAGAGGCUGAAGCCCUCCAGAUACUCAGCGCUAUAUAUGACAUCAGAGAACAGGUUCUAAAGGAGUCCACUAAGGUGGCAAAAGUCCUGCAUACUCUGACCAUGCUGUAUUUUCUCAGCAGGGAUUUUCAUAAAGCCAGUGAAUGGGGAAAUAAACUGCUUCAGAUGGCCGAACAGCUUCCACAGGAUGAGCAGUCAGACAGCAUCACAGUCUUAAUGGAGAACAUUGAAAGAAAAUUAAAUACCAAGAAAGACGCUAUCCACGAGACACUUAAUACCAUUAUCAUAUAACUUCUCUCAUAGUCAGGAGGAUUUGUAAAUGUGUACCCAUGUUUCAUCACAUUUACAGGGGUUUUCCUAUGAAAAACAGUUAGGGGGUCAUUUAUUAAGACCGACAUUUUAAAGUGUAACCGCCAUGUUUUCAUAAAAAAAUCCAUAUGUUACAGAGCUAGAUUUCACUCAUAUUCAAUAAAGGGCUUGAUGGGGCAUAUUCAAGAGACCAGGACCAACUACAUACUUACCAUGGCGGUAGACCACGCAACUGCUAUGGAGUGAGGGAGACCCCAAACUGAACUCCUUCCCCUGAUUAGCCAUCACUAGGGGGGGCUCAGUGCAAAGAGCUUUUACAGCUUCCAUUGAGUUCAGUGGUAACUAUAUAAAUGCCUAUGCCCUGAGCUGUCCUUAGUGGUUGCUGCAGGCAGCCAGUUCUGUCAUGUACAGGAUUUAAAAUAAUUCUGAAUGAGUUCCAUAUUUAUUAAGCGCCCGUUCCACUUUUUCCGGCAUAGAAGUGGGAGAGGCGCAGCAUGGCUUUUUUAGCAGAGCAAUAGCACAGUGAAGAUGCUCCAGAAUCGUUAUGUGACUGCAAGCAUUUACUAAACCGGACCUGUCAAGAGACCCCGUACUCUGUGCUCAUCCUUUGAUUUUUCCUUUGCUUGCCCAAAUGACUAUUGGCCUGGAUUAGACUAAAGAACGGUCACAGAUAGAGUCCAUCAUUGUGUCUUGUACCAGCAAGUUUAUUAGGAAAAUCCUUUUCAUUGUCAUGUUUAGCGCAAAACAGUCAUUUUGGUGUUACAUUGCCAUUGUGAAUUUUGGGUUUACAAGGGAAUCUGGUUGUCACCUCCCAUGCCCCCAAAAAAGAAUCUAUCAUACAGUAACAGGCUUCUAAUAAAUAGUAUUACUCAACAUUUCUUUUUUAUACAUGGUUCAGUUUUACAUGUAUUUACAGUUGUGAACAUUGCUGAAUAUAGGCGUUGCGAGCUACAAGCAGUGGACAAAUAUACAAUGUACAUUAUUAAAGCCUACCUACAUUAUUUAUAUAUCUAUUUGCAGACAUUGGAUUGCUCAUGCCUCUUACUAACAGACUGUGUACUUACAAGGGUAGGUAUCUGGUGUGGUAUGGCUUAAAAAGGUUUUUCUGGCACUUCAGACUCAAGACUUCAGAAUAGCAUCUUUAGGGCUUCUGUCCCCAGCCCCCACUGUUCAAAGCUCACAGCCAUAAGAUGCCCAUAUGUCAUAGUCCUGUGUGACCCAUGGGCAUGAUCACCAUAUAUGACUACACGACCGCAUUCCUCAUGGUCGGCAGUCUUGUGUAUGUGCAUGCAGUGACGGAAUCCAUGGGUGAAGUGAUCUCAUGAUAACAUGGACAGGACAUCAUUUUUGUGUCGGAAAAUUCCCAUAAAGGCCAAAUCUCCUUACAAUGGAAAAUCACCAUUAUAGAUGGGUUCUUGUAAAAGUUCUGUUCAUCCGUUUCUGGGUGACAACCAAUUUGUCCACCACUAUUGCUUCUACUGGGGUAGUAACCAUAUUCCCUUGAACAGAAAAUCUGUUGUAUUAUGCAAAGAUAUAGUACAGCCCUCACCUCUCUAUGUCUAUAUAACUGAAGCUGAAGAGCUUUUGGCAAGUAACAACAUGGACGCCAUUACAGCUCUCAUAGGAGUUGUUACCCAGACUCCCUAGAGCAGGCAUCUCAAACUGCGGCCCUCCAGCUGUUGUAAAACUACAACUCCCACAAUGCCCUGCUGUAGGCUGACACCUGUAGGCUGUCCGGGCAUGCUGGGAGUUUUAGUUUUGCAACAGCUGGAGGGCCAGAGUUUGAGAUGCCUGCCCUACAGUGUGUUAUCUAGUUAUAUGGAAGAGGGUAUGCAAAUGAGUUCUUGACAAGCUCUGUCUCUAAUGCCACCAGAUGUAAGGUAGCUAUCCU